AUGGCUCUGGAAUCUGCUCCCCUCACAUGGCUCGAGAGCUUAAGGCACGACUCAAUUCACUCAUGGGAAGAUUUGAAAAAGCUCUUCAUCGACAACUUUCAAGGCUCCAUCCAUCGCCCAACUACUCGCCAUGACCUGCGCCUGUGCAAACAAGAGCGUGGCGAGGCCCUGAGAUCAUACAUCAAGAGGUUCUUUGACACGCGCGCUACCAUCACCAACAUAGCAGACCACGACGUCAUCGACUACUUUCACAAUGGCCUCGCUACCCAGCAGUUAUACCGCGACUUCGGGAGGAACAGACCUCGAUCAGUCGUAGCACUUCGAGACAUGAUGUUGGGAUGGGCCGACCAAGAAGAACAGGAGCGCGAUCGCUUCCCCCAUCGCGAUGAUAACAACCAGAAACGCAAUGGUGAUCUGCGAUCUGAUAAAGGUCAGCGCAACUUCGAUAAGAAGCGGAAGCCGGAGGACACAGUGGCGACAAUGGACCAGGGUCAACGAGGCAAAAAGGGAAAUCAGCAAGACAAUUUCCAGAAACUACUCGACAGACCUUGUCCUCUCCAUCCAAAGGGAAAGCACACGAUCCUCGAGUGCAUAAAUCUUCGCAAGUCCCUCCAAGAGCGUCAGUUGGAAGAGGACAAAAAGAAGAAGAACAAGCAAGAUGAUGAAGACAAUGAUAAAGAUGGAACCAUGGGAUUCCAGCAACCUGCCAACAGGGUUAACAUGACCUAUGGAGUGGACUCUUCCUUCAACAGAAGAAAUCAGAAACUAGUUUGGCAAGAAAUACUAAAAAUGGCACCAGCCAUCCAGAAACCACUCAGACAUAGUGAGAUCCUGAUUACCUUCUCAAGGGAAGACCAGUGGACUAGCUUCUCUGAGCCAGGAAAAUUCCCACUCGUUCUAGACCCGGUGGUGGCAGGUUCCAUACUUACUCGAGUACUUAUUGAUGGGGGCAGCGGCUUGAACCUCAUCUUCAUGAGUACAAUUACAAAGAUGGGACUCGACAUCUCUGACAAAUUAAAACCAAGCAAAGCACCUUUCUACGACAUUGUGCCAGGAAACGCAUCUUUUCCAAUUGGCACUGUGGUACUCCCAGUCACUUUCGGCACUCUGGAUAACUACAAAACAUAG